AAGUCGUGUGAGAAAAGCCUGGGAACAAACGGGGCGCCUCCGUCUCCAGAAGCUCUCCCUUGAACCCGGCGGAACAGCCUAUUAAAGGCUUACUUAAUUACUUUAAUGACUCUGGACAGGCUUUAAAACGCACUCGGCGCUGGGACCGCGGGCUUGCUGGGAUUUGUAAACAGGCGAUCGUGUGAGACUCAGCGGUGGGACUAAAGGAAGCGACGCUGUUUUGUGAAGGUCCUCGCCCCCCGGUGCCCGCAGCCACUGCGCCCCUGCGCUCUGCGCCGGCUAAGAGUGCAGGCGCUCGCUGGUCCGCCGGCUCCAGUUUCUCGCCCCCUCUUCCUGAGGUGCCUGUUGCCAUGCAAAUGUUAUUCCUGGACGAAUCACGUGUCCUUUGAAGAGCCACGUGGAUUAACAAAGCUGAUCUGCCCCCACCUCGCCCCCCUCGGCUGCUAAAAAUUUUUUUGUCAACUUCUUUAAAACUGACCUUGAAUGCAUACAUGCUCCAAACGCAGAACUCCUAAUCCUAUGGAAUAAUUCAGCGCGUGAGAAUGCACUUGCAGUCCUAGAUGGCUGCUUUAUAAAGGGAGCCCCCUCGGACCUGGGAGGCUGCAGUCUACCUGGAACACUUGAAGAGGCACACGAGGUGGAACGUGGACGAGUGCCUCGCGCCACCGCCUCUGCCGAGGGCGCGCACGCACACCAGAAUGUCUGACAGGCUCAAGGAACGCAAAAGAACCCCGGUUUCUCAUAAAGUGAUAGAAAAGAGAAGGAGGGACCGAAUUAACCGCUGCUUGAACGAGCUGGGCAAGACAGUCCCUAUGGCCCUGGCGAAACAGAAGACAGAGAGCAUGUGCGUGGGUCUGCUGUGGAUGGGCCGCCUCUAAGCUCCUGUGGGGUUUUUGCAGAGUUCCGGGAAACUGGAGAAGGCGGAGAUCCUGGAGAUGACAGUGCAGUACCUCAGAGCUCUGCAUUCCGCGGAUUUUCCCCGGGGAAGGGAAAAAGAGCUUUUAGCAGAAUUUGCCAACUACUUCCACUACGGUUACCACGAGUGCAUGAAGAACCUGGUGCACUACCUCACCACCGUGGAGCGGAUGGAGACCAAAGACACCAAGUAUGCGCGCAUCCUCGCCUUCUUGCAAUCCAAGGCCCGCCUGGGCGCCGAGCCCACCUUUCCGCCGCUCUCGCUUCCGGAGCCAGAUUUCUCCUAUCAGCUGCAUGCAGCAAGCCCAGAGUUCCCGGGCCACAGCCCAGGUGAAGCCACAAUGUUCCCGCAGGGGGCUACCCCAGGGUCAUUCCCAUGGCCUCCUGGAGCUGCCCGCAGCCCAGCACUGCCUUACUUGUCCAGCGCGACGGUACCUCUCCCCAGCCCGGCACAGCAGCACAGCCCCUUCUUGGCUCCGAUGCAGGGCCUGGACCGGCAUUAUCUCAAUCUGAUCGGCCAUGGCCACCCCAACGGCCUCAACCUGCACACGCCCCAGCACCCUCCGGUGCUCUGACACCCACUCACUGCCUAGAUUACUUUGCGAUUCGGUGGCGGCUUGAGACGAUGUAUAUGUUGUACGAGUGUAAAUAGUGUGCUAACAAGAUCUGGAUGGGAAAGCGUCAGAAGCGAAUUCGCCUUCUGAAGGUCCUCCCCAACCAAUAAAUAUUUUUGUGCUAAAGAUCAAUAAAUAUUUUGUGCUAAAGAAA